UGUUGAAGGGUUAACUAAAAGAUUUGCGACAUAGGGGGUCGCCAUGGCUUCCUAUUCGGAGAAGCAGGCCAACGACAAGGGUGAGAAACAUCAUGAGCUAGUUUGUGUGACUGGGGCAGGAGGCUUCAUUGGUUCAUGGGUGGUGAAGGCGCUCCUCCUCCAUGGCUACCGUGUCCGGGGAACUGCCAGAGACCCCGCUGAUCACAAGAACGCGCACCUGCUUACCCUGGAGGGAGCCCAGGAGAGGUUAGCCUUAUGCCGCGCCGAUCUCCUGGACCGUGACAACCUCUGUUCAGUGUUCAGCGGAUGCCAUGGCGUUUUUCAUGUCGCCUCCCCGAUCUCGGAAACCGACCCUGAGCUCAUGGUGGUCGCCGUGGAGGGAACCAGGAACGUGAUCAACGCGGCGGCUGACGCGGGCGUGCGGCGUGUGGUGUUUACUUCCUCCUACGGCGCCGUGCACAUGGAUCCCAACAGGAGCCCGGACACGGUCGUGGAUGAGACGUGCUGGAGCGACUAUGACUUCUGCAAGGAGACUGGCAACAUGUACUGCUGCUCGAAGAUAAUGGCGGAGAUCACGGCGAAGGAGGAGGCGGCCAACAGGGGGCUGGACCUGGCAGUGGUGGUGCCGUCGAUGACGAUCGGCCCCGCGCUGCAGCAGAAGCUCAAUCUGGGCAUCGCCUUUAUCAACCGCUACCUCACGGGCGCCAAGAAGACCUGCCCCAACGCCGUGGCCGGCUACACCGACGUCCGCGACGUUGCCCGCGCCCACGUCGUCGUCUACGAGCGCCCGGACGCACGCGGCAGGUACCUCUGCAUGGGCGCCGUGCUGCACCGUGCCCAUUUCCUCCAGCUGCUCCGAGACCUUUUCCCGCAGUACCCCAUCACCGACAAGCAUGAAGAUGACGGCAAGCCGAUGGCCAAGCCGUACAGGUUCUCCAACCAGAGGCUGAGGGGCCUCGGGUUGGAGUUCACUCCCCUCAAGGAGAGUUUGUACGACAUGGUGGUAUCCCUGCAGCAGCAUGGUCACCUGCCUGUUGUUCCGGGGCCAGAUGGUCCACGCCUCUAAACAAAAAAGAUGUGCAUUACUGCUGCAUUAGCCCAAUAUCAAUAAUGUGAAAUAAUACAAUAAUGAUCCAACAAUAACAAGCACGGUGUCUCGCCCUAUUGUUCAAUCAGAUUCCUCCUUCUGGUGAUUGUUCAAUCAGAUUCCCCCGAGGCCUUGCAGGCACUAUCAAAGUUCGGAAUGGACCGUCCGACACUUGGACAUGUGACAAAGAUUAGAUAAUUGAUGACAAAAAGUGAGUUUAUUCCACAAAAGAUUCAUUGAACAGAAUAGAGUGGCAGAACGUAUGGCAAACUAUAGUCACACAGAUUGUACUAUGUCGGUGUGGCUUAACCAAAAACCCACUUGUAUUGAGAAACU